AUGAACAAGGACGAGAAUUCAGGAGAACCUUCCAGGGUCAGCACCGGUUGUUGGGUAUUGGCAUGGAACGAGGGCAAAGGGAAGCUGACCCCUGGCCUCACAGCGGGCGUCCUGGGUGCAAAUGGGUGCUCCACACACUCUCAGCAGCUCAGUAGCGAACGCAGUCCUGGAGACCUGAUUGAGAUUUUCCGUUCUGGCUUCCAGCACUGGGCACUCUAUGUGGGAGGUGGCUACGUGGUCCACCUGGCUCCUCCAGCUCUCAUCUACCCUGACAGAGUCGUAACAACAUCUGAGUGGAUGGAAACUAGUGAAUGCAACCCCCGAUCAGGACGACACUUUGGGAGGCUUGGAGCAGAGAGCCCUGCUGCAGCCCCCGGGGGCAAGUACCUGGGGGUGAGCGUCUGCAGCGUGGGCUCCAUUCUGUGCAAGACAGCGGAGGUGAAAAGGGAGCUGCUGACCGACGUGGUGGGGAGCUGCGAAUACCGGGUCAACAACUUGUUGGACGAGGAGAUGAAACCUCUGCCCGUGAGGGAGAUUCUCAGUUCUGCCCAGAGGAUGAUUGGCAAGAAGAUAGAAUACAAUAUUACCAGCAAAAAUUGUGAGCACUUUGUCACAAAACUGAGAUAUGGCGAGCCCAGAUGCCUGCAGGUUGAAAAGGCCGUGAUGGAAGCAGGGCUGGUUGGAGCCUUAGGCCCGGCUGCUGCUCUUGCAUAUUCUGUAAUGAAGAACUGGUCCCCAAACCAGUGA